AGCGGGUCAAGUGUGAUUAUACUCUAGGAGGAUCAUGCCCCGGAUCGAUCAAGAGAGAGAAGAAAUGGACGAAAAGGGGAAAGAGAGAUGGAGCGCUGCGAUCGGAAAUAUAUCAGAGAUGACUGCCAAUCUCCAAUCACUUCAAAAGCUACUUGUCAACAAAGCUGUCUUCGUCGACGAUGACACUUUUGCUAAAGCCUCUCUCACCUCCGAACAAGCCCGCACUAUUAAGGUUCUUGAACAAAGAGUUCAGACUUUAGAGCGAGAAUUAGAUAAUGCUAUUUCUGCUGCUGCUCAUGCACGGACUGAGAAAAGACAGGCUGAGGCAGCUCAAAAGGCUGCUGAACUACGUGCACAAGAGGUUACAAGAGAGCUUGAGAAUACCACAAGAGUAUUUGAACUGCACAUGGAAGAGCUGCGUGCAAAACAAGAAGAGAUAUCUAAGCGAGAUAAGGAAAUCAAACUUCUGGAGGCCAUAAUUCAGACACUUGGAGGCAAAGGCUCUCUUUCUAGCGAUGAAUGAGUAAGAGGGAUCAACAAUGAUUGUAAUUACCAUGUCAUUUUGUACCAAUUCGUUGUAUAUUAAACAAGAUUUUGGUUUCUAAUGCUGUACCGGGUACGAAGUAGAUUAAUAUUUGAGAAAUUUCUGCA